AACGGGUUGAGGGCGUAGGUGUAGUUGAUGUAAAAGAAGUUAUUAAUCGGGGUUUAUCAGGACCAAUGCUUCGAGCUUCUGGAAUACAAUGGGAUCUACGUCAAGAAGAAUUUGAUUGGGAAGUUCAAUGGCAAAAAGAAGGAGAUUCAUUAGCUCGUUAUUUAGUUCGAAUUGGUGAAAUGGUGGAAUCCAUAAAAAUUAUUCAACAGGCUUUGGAAGGACUUCCUGGCGGGCCAUAUGAAAAUUUAGAAAUCCGCUACUUUGAUAGAGAAAAAGAGCCAGAAUG